ACUAAGUUCCCUCCUUGCUCUGGUCACACUGUCUGGCCACCAAAAACCCAAACUUAAUUAAAGAAUUUAAUAAUUCUAAUAAUAAUUAAGCCCAGUCACCUACGCAGAGCGAGUGCGUAACCGAACCGCGAUACUUUCGAUACCUUUGCCAUCGAAAUCAUGGUAGUGUUGGAGACGGAGAAGGCAAUCUGUGUUUUUAUGUCAAGUACGUGCGCGUGUGUGUGUGUGCUGUAAUUCCAUCGCCACUUUCGAUUCGGAGUUCGCUAGGAACAUUUGUUCGCCUUUUUUUACCAGUAGCGUAGAGUAGUGAAGCAGGAUAAACUCCACAUAUACUCAAUAUAUACUUACACCCCCAAACAACCAACCAACCACUCAAUAUACCAACAAGUUUAACGAGUUUUUUGUAUUAUCAUUACUUAGUUAUUUGGUUAAUAAAACACAAGUGAAAAGCGAACUGCAGGGAAGAUAUCAAGAAACAAUCCGAAAUCCACACACACUCGAACAGAAAUCAAAAGCUUCGCUCUCUCGCGCACACAGACGCACCACCACCACCACCACCACCACAAGUAUCACAAACACCACGACAGAGAGAGCGGCAAGUGAAUCACGGCGAAUCCGAUCCGAAUCCUCUACGGAACCGAUAAGAACUGAUCCUACCAUCAAACGCAUCCAAUAAACACGGCCGCCAACAUGCAGAGCGACUUUCACAGAAUGAAGAACUUUGCCAAUCCCAAGUCCAUGUUCAAAACCAGCGCCCCCAGCAGCGAGCAGCAGGGUCGUCCGGAACCAUCCGCUCCAUCGGCUGCCGCCCCCGCCAAGGCCGAGGUCAAGGAGGUCAAACCGAAGGAGGAUGCCCAGGAGGCUGGUGAGCCCGCGGCACCCACCAGUGCCGUCGCCGCCGACGAUGCUGUGCGCACCGAGCACCUGUUCAAACACCCGCUCAUGAACGUCUGGACGUUGUGGUACCUCGAAAACGAUCGGUCCAAGUCCUGGGAGGACAUGCAGAACGAGAUCACCAGCUUCGACACCGUCGAGGACUUCUGGAGCCUGUACAACCACAUCAAGCCGCCAUCGGAGAUCAAACUGGGCAGUGACUACUCGCUCUUCAAGAAGAACAUUCGUCCCAUGUGGGAGGAUGCUGCUAACAAGCAGGGCGGUCGCUGGGUCAUCACACUGAAUAAGAGCUCCAAGAGCGAUCUGGAUAACCUCUGGCUCGAUGUGCUGCUUUGCCUGAUUGGCGAGGCCUUCGAUCACUCCGACCAGAUCUGUGGCGCUGUCGUAAACAUUCGCGGCAAGAGCAACAAGAUUUCCAUCUGGACUGCCAACGGCAACAACGAGGAGGCUGCUUUGGAAAUUGGCCACAAGCUGCGCGAUGCCCUGCGUCUGGGACGCAACAACUCGCUGCAGUACCAGCUGCACAAGGACACGAUGGUCAAGCAGGGCUCCAACGUCAAGUCGAUCUACACUUUGUAGGCUGCCGGGCCACGCCCGCCAACCGAUCCGAUCCCUCAGAGUUUAGUUAGUUUGUGUUGCCUUUAUUUAUGGUUAUAAACAACAGCAGCGAUUGAUCGUAACUCUUGUCCAAGACCCGCGUAACGAAACCGAAAUGAACCCCGUUUGUUAUCAAAAAUCGGCAGCAUUAAAUCGAUCCGCUUUUUGUAGUCAUUGUCAAUAAUGGAUUUAACGGAAAAGUAUAAUAAUAAAAACCUACAUUAAAACCGGA